CUUCAGCGCUGUGUGUUUAUUACGGAAGGCUGCUCUGGAAUGAUAAAGCUUUAAAACGCAAAGCUUGUUAAAAACGUGAAGCGUCACCCGGCCCGGGUGCAAUGUCUUUUCGCUUCACAUGAGCUCAACUAUGUGGUACAUCAUGCAGAGUAUUCAAAGUAAAUACUCCCUUUCGGAAAGGCUUAUCCGGACAAUUGCUGCCAUUCGCUCCUUCCCGCACGAUAACGUGGAGGACCUUAUACGCAAGGGAGCAGAUGUGAACAGGAUGCACGGCACUCUAAAGCCACUGCACUGCGCCUGCAUGGUGGCUGAUGUGGAUUGUGUGGAGCUUCUGCUGGAGAAAGGUGCAGAGGUAAACGCAUUGGAUGGCUACAAUCGCACAGCGCUGCAUUACGCAGCAGAGAAGGACGAGGGUUGCGUGGAGCUACUGCUGGAAUACGGAGCUCAGCCUAAUGCUCUGGACGGCAACAAGGACACGCCUCUACACUGGGCUGCCUUCAAAGACAACCCCGAGUGUGUGCGCGCUCUGCUGGAGAAUGGCGCCCAUCCCAACGCGCGAGACUACAACAACGACACGCCGCUCAGCUGGGCCGCCAUGAAGGGAAACCUGGAGAGUGUGCGUGUUCUGCUGGACUAUGGCGCCCAAGUUCAUGUGACCAACCUGAAGGGCCAGAGUCCCAUUUCACGCAUUGUGGCACUGCUGGCGCGAGGCCUGGGCUCUGAGCAGGAAGAAGAGUGCCUGGAGCUGCUUUGUAGCGCUGCAGGGAGGCUGGAGGUGCGCCGGGCCGAUGGCUCCAUGCCUAAUGAGCUUAGCAAACAUCCGCAGCUUCUGGCUCGCCUCACCGGCAUGAUGGCCCAGCCAGCAUUGCUGAGAGAUCUGGCCCGCUGUGCUGUACGCGACAGCCUCGGCGCGCAGUAUUUACCCACAGCGGUGAAUCAACUCCCGCUGCCCGAGUCUGUUAAACAGUACAUACUCCUCAGAGACACUGGGGAUAUACCAAGGAGAGAAAGCGAGAGAGAGGGAGCACAGACAGACUGUAAUGCACUGCAGAGCAAUUAGAUAUGUAAUAAAAUUAAUCGCUAAUGGCACACAACAGCCUGUGUAUUAAUAAUAAUGUAUAGCCACCAGCCUUUUAAUAGAAACACCUGUUCUUUCAAUCGGCCAAUCAUAUGGCAGCAGCACAAUGACCUUACUGACUUUACCCUGGUAUGUUGUUGUUGGUUCCAGACAGGAUGGUUUGUGUAUUUCAGAAACAGCUGAUCUCCUGGGAGUUACACACACAACAGCCUUUACAGUCUUAGUGACUGUACAGAGUAGUACUGUAAGACAGUAUCUUAAAUAAUCACCAGUCUUAACCACAGCGAUCAGAAAAAACGUCUUUGAAAAUGCAAUGCGUUUAUAAAAACAGCAACAUCAGUUUUCACUGCUGACACACAAAGAACAGGAAUUCAGUUGGAGGAAUCUCACCUGAUUUUAUCUGCUGUGUUGCGGUCACAUGAUUGGCUGUUGGGUAAUUGCAUUGAAUCAGCAAUUCAGCAAUACCAGGGUUCCUAUUAAAGUGGCUGAUUAGUUCAAUAUAAACAGGUUCAAUGUAACCAAAGUUUUUAUUUCUCCCAAUUUAUUUCCAGUAAUGGAACAAAUUUUACAAAUUUGGCAUUAUAACUUGUAUUAUUAUAAUUUUUUUCUAGAAUCCUAAACAAACAGCAUGGGUGUAAACAAUUGUCGUUUAGACAAAACUAAUCUAGAGGUCUUUUAAUGCAAAGUAAAAGAAGGAAAAAAAACUCUUAAAAGAUUUUUUCACACCUUUUUUUUUUUUUUUUUUUACCACGACAAUUAUAAUUUCAAUUUAAAAUGCAUCUUUUUGUGGUGUCUGAUACUAUUUGUAGAUUGUAGGACUGUAACUGGGGAUUGUACGAAUGUAAGUCAAAAACUAUCCGCACUCCAGUUAUAUUAAAACUUCUGUUGUCUUAACAGAACAGCACAAAAAGAAGACCAACGUGCAGUGAUUUGUUUGUUUCUUUAUUUUUUUUUGUGCAAGAUGGAUACCAAAACAAUUCAUGGAAGAGCAUAAGCAGAAGUGUUUAGAUAUGUGCAAACAGAAUUUGGACUGAUACUCAUAAGGAAGGUAAAUGUUUCUAAAAGGAGAAUCAUUACUGGUGACAAGACAUGGAUUCAUUCAUUUGACCAAGAAAAAGUUUAAUAGUUGACCAUCAGCUGGAAAUUUAUUCUUUACAGUUUUCUCUUAUUUUCAAGGGGGAGUAUUGGAACAAUAUCAGGAAAAAGGUUCAACAACCAACAGUGCUUGUUACAGUGAGAUGCUUAUUGAAGAGCUGAAGCCUUAACUUAAGCCUUAACUUGGUGUUAAAUGAAGAAGUGAAGACAGCAGUGCAUUAGUGACACUCAGCUCAGCCUAAAACGUUUUUAAAUAAGGUACCACAAAAGGAUUUCACAGAUGGACGAAUUAUGUUAAAAAGCAAGGACAUUUAAAACAAUUAUUUAUUUGUCUUUUUAAAAAAUUUAUUCAAAUGUGGAGUGUGGAUUAUUUUGGACUCACCUUCAUACAGUACAUUUCCAUUUAGUGUGUUUUGUGUUAGCUGGGGGGAAAAGUACUACAUUAUAACAUUUAUGCUACAAAUGCUGGUGCUACCCUUAAAGCUAUGUUUUGUUGUUUGUUUUGGUUUUUUUCUUUUAGUGAAAACACCUAGAGAGUGCAGUGUACUGUCACUUUGUUUCCAAGGCAUUACAAAAAACAAAACAAAAAAACAAGACUGUCUUACCUUUGUUGGUACCUGAGGGAACAAAUCUUAUACGGUGUGAUAAGGGGUUGUAAAAUGCUUCCUAUUGGAACGGGAAUGAUAGCAGGUUCCUUCCGGAUAUCUUGCAUCUCCAGGUUAAAAAAACUUGUACCCCUUCACCUCUUGAACUUUAAUUUCUGAGGAAACCUUUAUCAUGUUUCUGGUGUAGUUUUCCUAGGUAGAGUAAUAGCCUUUGUAGAUAAUUAACCAGUGUGGUGUUUGCGUGUAUUGUGUCCAGUCAACCACGUAACACCAUUUUCUUGUGAAAUACAAGUUAAAUCCAUUCUGCGUCACAUAACUUGGCAUUUGAUUUCAUUGCCUGGGGCAAAGUCAUAUGUUAAGGGUGUGUCUGUCUGUUAGUGCAUGGGGUAAGAUCUGCUGUUGGCCAGAAGGGGGCGAUAUUUGAUGAAACAUAAUGUAUGCUGUGUUUUUGUGUAAUAUAAAUGUAAUAUACAUAAUUAAAUUCUUAUUAUGUUUUAUUUUUAAGCAUCACAUACAUCCCAACAUGGUGUGGAUGGGAAGGAUCGUGGCUAAGAUUUCUUAGAGUGACUUCAUUGACCUUAAUUUAAUAUAUAUAUAUUUUUUUAACUUAUUGUCGAUUGCCCAUCUGUAAAUCUUUAUGCGGACAUGUCUAACUAAACAAUAACCUCUGUUCGCAGAGGUUCACGAGUGUUUUCCCAUGUACAUUAAGCAUUAGGCUUUUCUCUUGCAAUGUGUGCUUGUCCAGCUGUACACAAAGUACAACCUGCCUCAGACAAGACCUUUGUUUAAUAAGAAAUACGUCUUGUUUUUUUUUCCAUCAUUUCUAUUGUGCAUACACUGAUUUUUUUUUUCUUCACAAAGUACAGGACGUCCUUUUCAAGUGAAUGAAAAAAAAUAUUGCUGAGGAAGGAAACUGUGCUAUGGUUAAAUAAAGACCUUUUCUCUCAAUUAA